AUGAAGACAGGAUCAAUGGUGCAUAAACUCGAGUUUGACUCUCACAAUCAGGAACUACAGAAAUUUUCAGUGAAUGUAGUCAGGUUUUUGCUUUCACACAAAGCUCCGGUUGUGGAGAGUUUUCAUUUCAAAGUUGAAGGUCCUUUAAGGAGUAUUGAUAUCGGAAUAUGGACUGGAAUUCUAUCUGCUCGCCAUUUGCGUGAACUGGAGCUCAAUCUCUCACGUGGAUUCACAUACAGACUUUCGGUUAGCUUGCUUUGCUCUAAUACUCUCGAGACCUUGAAACUCCAAGGUCCCCUUCUUGUAGAUGUUUCUUCUCCAGUUUGCAUGAAGUCCCUUAGAACUCUGCACCUUGUAAAGGUAACGUACAAAGACGACAAAUCUGUGGGUAACCUUUUAUCUAGCUUCCCUAACCUUGAGCAUUUGAUCGUGCAUCGGGGUCGCCAUAAGAGUUUAGUGACCUUCAAUAUUGUGGCACCAUUCUUGAAGACACUAUCGAUUGUUGGUUUAAUUAGUGGAGUAAAAGGUGGAGGCUAUGUGAUUAACGCUCCUUCUUUGAAAUAUUUAGAUAUCAAAAGGUUAUCAUGUUAUCAGUUUUGUUUGAUUGAAAACGCGUCCGAGUUAGUUGGGGCUAAUAUUCGCGGCGUCUAUAAUACUGCCAAUGAGAUGAUUCUGGAAUCACUCAAGUCAGUAAAACGUCUUUCCUUGGGCUUAACACCUUUGCAUCAACAUGCUUUCACUAAAACACCUAUGGAGGUGGGGGAUCAUUGGAAUCAAUCCAAGAAUGUCCCUCAUUGUUUGUUGUCUCAUCUCGAGACUUUUGUAUGGACAAGAUAUGACUGGGAAAGACAAGAAGAGUUACAAGUGGGUAAAUACAUUUUAAUGAACGCAAGAAGGUUGAAGAGGGCAACUUUCUCCACAAGACCCAUUGGAUCCAAUGAGCUCGACAAGUUGGAAGAAAGAUGUAAGAUGCUCAAGGAGUUGGAUUGUCUGUCUAGGGCUUCAGAUUCAUGCCACUUUGUGUUUGAAUCCGAAUAA